GCGAGAUUUUUCCGCUCGGUCGUGAUUCGCCGAGCCGUCACUUACUGAAUCAGGCCCGAGCCAAUCGCGACGCGACACCGAUGCCGUCGUCGUCGAUCGUCUGACCGUCACGAGUCGCAUACAUAUAUUUUAGCAAUUACGCACGCCGUCCGAUUUUAAUUGCCUAUGCAGGUCCUACGUAUCGGCGUAAUGUGCCACAGCUACAAUGCCAGCGGUAUCACGGCAUCCUCUCAGGUAUUCUCUCGACGCACGACGCUCAUCGUCGCGACGGACAAGGCCGUGGCUCGUUCGCUCGCUCGUUCGCUCGUCCGUUCGUUUCCGGAUGAUGCGAGAUCGAGGAAAGAGAGUGCCUCGUCUCUGGGUGUCCCAUCGAGAACAGUCGGCCGCGAAAUCUGGACGACGGCCAGGCGGCGAUUAUCUAAUCUCGAGAAUUUACAAUGAGUGAAAGAGAGAGGGAAGAGACGACUCAGUAAUAACCAGCAACCUUCGGAAUGAUAAUGAGGUCGACCAAUGAGUUCGAGCGGCAGAGAAAUUUCACGGGUUCGCGAUCGGCCGAUCGUGACACGAUUCUCCGCCGCCGUGAUCGACCAUCGAUCGGUAUUGCGCGAUGUCAUCGUAAAGUGUAGCUUGACACAAUAGAGAGAGAGAGAGAGAGAGAGAGACACAAGAGGCGCGUGCACAAACGUGCAUCGCGUGUUGUGCGUCGCGCGAGGCAACGUGGUCGUCGAUGAACGCCAGCUUCUAGUUUAGACUGCUGGGUUAGAGAGAAAGAAAAAAAAAAAGACUUCGCAUUUGACGAUAUCAACUCGCGAGGGAGACCGGAAUUCGUCUCUUCCGUGAUUCGAAGAUGUUUCAUGCUUCGAAGGGAUAAUUGUGGAAGGUAGACGGUAGAAGAGUUGCGAAUUCAUGGAAAGAGGGUCUGCGCGAAGUGCAUCUCGCGUGCGCGUGGUGGAACCGAGGCACGCUCGGAGGUGUAUGUGUACACUACGAGAGGGGAGGGAAAAGAAACGAGAGAGAGAGAGAGAGAGCACCUUGCAUGCCAUGUCGUGUGUUCGGGUCCGCGGGCGCAACACUACGAAGAGACUCAUCACUUCUCCGCUUUCUCGGCAGAGGUACGCUUACUGUCGACGGACAGAAAGUAGUAAACUUCAGUGGGACGAGGACGCUUGAGGGGCGAGAGAGGGAGGGAGGGAGGGGGAGGGAAGGAGAGAAGAGAGAGAGAACGAUCGGUUCGAUAGCUCGCAAUCACUCGCAGGACGCUCGAUUCGCAGCCGUGCUGUGCGCACUAUCGCAGAAGGUUGCAAAAGAGUUACUCGGGGGGACUAGGAGAAAAAAAAACCGCAGCGUAACUGAAUAAGGGUCUAAAGGUUCUAGAGGAAGAGAAGAGAGCGAAAGAGAAAACGAGCGAGAGAGAGAGAGAGAGAGAGAGAAAGAGAAAGAGAAAGAAAAAAAAAGAGAGGAAGAGAGAAAAAGAGAGAGGAGGAAGAAAGAAAUAAGGGGAGCGAGAUCAAGACUCGUGAGUUCGACGGAGCUCGCGAUCGAGGAAACAUCGGCGGUGCACUCGACGGACCGACGGACGGAUGGAGGAGCCGAUCGCGGGGAAUGUUUUUCACGGAUCAUUUUCACAAUCCAACCUAAAAAAAAUCGCAAAGUGCUUUUGAGGUUAUGUGUUGUUGAGGAAGGACGACAGUCUCUGCUUGCGCGAUCGAGCGACGUAGUUAGAGCGAAGUCGGAGGAAGUCGGACGAAGAUUGGACCGUAAGUCCGGGAAAAGAAGUUGUGUCUUACGAAUGCGUAAGGAUUGAGGAUGCCGUAUCGAUAAGGCUGCUGUGCGGCGAUCGUAUCGAUCCGCUAGCGCGAAGACUGUGCAUCGCAUUCUACCUCGGCCGUUGAGGAUGCGUUUUCGCGGACGGGGCUCAGCGAGCAAGUUGUCUGGAAAUUCACACGAAUGGAUGAUGCUUGGAGGCAAUGAACGGCAUGGAGAAGCAUGGUCACGGACAUGGACAUUCGCACGCGCACUCACACCGUCAUCGCCACUCACAUGGCAAUUCUCAGAGCUCGUCGCAGAACUCAAGCCAACAGUCUUCGAAGCAUAGCCAUGGUCACGUGACGCAUUCGCAGAAAGAUACAACCGUGCCACAAGUGACUCAAAAGCAAAGAAAUUACAAGCUAUUAGUUGACCCCUUUUUAGUUAAGGGAGCUACAAAAUUAUGUAGAUACGAUGGAACGGUACCUGGUGACCCGACGUAUCCACAGGUCCAGCCUCGCGAUCCCAGGUCGCAAUUAACGAGGAUCUGGACCCGACUGGAGCAACUUGACCUACCUGUACCUAGAUUUAGAAUCGAUUCCAAUUAUUGCGGAGAACCUCCUCCGCUCGAAGUAACAUUUUGCCAUUUAAACGACAAUAUCGAUAAGACAUUCUUGACAAACAUGGUCCAGAAAUUUGGAAUUGUAGAAGAGCUUACUAUUUAUUAUCAUCCAAUAACCAACAAACACCUUGGUAUAGCGAGAGUAGUGUUCGAGUCGACCAAGGUGUCGAAGGCGUGUGUAGAGAAAUUGAAUAACACAUCUGUGAUGGGGAAAGUAUUGAGGGUCUUUCUGGAUCCCUUCGGGGAGGAGUGCAAGAAGAUGUUUGAUGAUUUGACCAUGGAGAAGAAGCCAGAGAAGAAGGUGGAGAAAGAGGUGCCAGCAGUGGUGCCGGCAAAGCCUGAACCUGAGCCAGAGAAACAUCAAACUCCUGUGGAGAAAGCUUUGCCUGAGGAGAGGGACGAUUUUAGAAGUAAUAAAAAAUCUAUUCUAAGUUUAGAUAAGAGCAGAGAGCCAUACGUAGAAAAUUCAAGGUAUAACAAAUACAGGGAUUAUCCCACACCGAGCGGCAGUACGGGUAGUGAUUUGGGUUACGGCACGGCGCCCAGUGAACUGAAUUAUUCGAAUAAUUAUUCUCAAAAUUCUACUCCAGCUACGAACUAUGACUUUUACUAUGGUACUUUUCAUCAUCAACCUCCCAAUAGCUACUUGGCCAGCAUGACGCAGAAUGUGUCGCAAAAUUUGCCGAUACAACAGAACUCAAACGUAUGGUGGGGCAAUAACUCUGGGACUACGGGGUAUCCAUCAUCGGCUCCUGUCUGGUCUGUCCAGCCACACACGACCGGCUUGGACGAUUCUAGUUCUAACGUAACACCGAUUAGUAAUAAAACUUCCAAUGUUAAAAGCACUCAUCAUACCCCGAAGAAGGAGAAGGAGAAUCAAGCCACGCCGAAGAGCACGUCGCGCGAUUCCCCCGAUGAGACUCGCAAGACGUUAGAUUUAGACACGAGAAUCGCCAUGCUGCUAAAGGACAAGGCCGGCGGAAUGGCACCACCUUUUUUACAAUUCGGCAGCGACUCAGAGGACGAUAAGAAAUCGCAAUGCGGUGACAGUGAGAUGCUAUCGGACACUCCAAGUCCUUUCCUGUCACGCGAAAUUUACAAAUCUUACUUUGACAAGAUGGUAGAGAAAAACAAGGAACGGAGGAAAGUUCAUGAGAAUAGCAUUAGUCAAUUUUCUGUAGACGAGGAUCUAGGUAGUGUUAUAAGUUCCAGUGAAGACGAGGCAUUGUUAGGUAGCUACAGUCCAGCAGUCGACGAAAAUGAACCAGAACCGCCUAAGGAACCACCUCCACCUCCACCGCCUGAUGACGACAGGAUGUCGUUGAGUCCUUUGAGCUCGGGCGAUGAGAAGAUCGAGGAAGUGAUAGCACAAACUGAACCUACGAAUCAGCUAUAUCCGACAACUUACUCUGGACACUUGACACACUAUCCUUCGAAUGACGUAUACAAUUGGCCGCGACCGACGCAGUAUCCUUAUCCAUAUGGGACGACCUACUUGCAAAGCCACUAUCAACCUACCACUGCGUCCUUCUCAACGACAGUCGGCAAUCAGGGGGCGAAUUAUUAUUCCUCCUUUCAAUCGCGGUUGCAUGCCAUGGCGAAUUAUAAUAUCACGAAGGAUCCACAGGGUCCUACGAUCAAUGGAGUUAUGAGCAUGGUUGUGAACGAGCUGAAGCAGAUCCUAAAGAAAGAUUUCAAUAAGAAGAUGAUCGAGAACACGGCGUUCAAGUUGUUCGAAGUGUGGUGGGACGAAAAAAAAUCGGAAAAGAGCAGUCAGGCUCAGGGUACCGGCGAGGCUGUUGUUGUUGUCAAUAACACGACUAAGGAGGAUGUUACAAAACCACAAGGAUUGUCGUCGUUGUUGGAGCAAGCAACGCCGUUGGGGCUCAAUUACGAUGGAUUUGGCUUGGGUAUUAGAGCUAGCAUGCCAAAGAUGCCUUCAUUCAGGCGCAAGAUCAAAGCUCCAAGCCCAUUACCGCAGGAGGAUGAAGACAGUCGACAAUCGGUUCAUGGUGAUAUGGAAGCGAUCGAAAGUGACAGCGACUUGGACACGCCGUCGACGCAGAAAGCGAAGAUACCAAUGGCUACGAGCGUUUCUUCCUCGUCUUCUUCGUCAUCCUCGUCCGCGGAGAGCAGUAGCGAGGAACUUAGUUUCAGUGAAUCUUCCAGUAGCUCUAGCGAGAGUUCCGAUGAAGAAGCAUCUGGAAACUUCGAAGAUGAGCAAGAAGACACCGAUAGUCGCUUAUCCGAUCAUAGACCUUUGGCUUGCAAUAGUGAAGAUCCUGAUAUAUUGACCGAGCUGGCGAUUCAGAGGUCAUUAGAUUGUCCUACGCCGAGUGGUAGGGAGACUCCUGUGCCGGAUAUCAAAAUCAAAGAUCAAAAUUCGAGCGAGUUCCCUCAGAUUGAGAACGACGAGAGCAGCCCGUUAACUUCUCCCGUGAGGCACGAGAAGAUCAAGGAAGAAGAAAUAAUUUCCGAGAAGUCGUCCAUUCCGGAGGAGAAGCCAUUCGAGGUGUCUAGGAAUGUGGACAAGGAGACGAAGGAUACGGCGAAAUUCGUGAAGGAGAGUGAACCGCAAAGAGAGGUGAAACCCAUGCCGACGAUCAGCCCAGUUAAGGAUGAGAUUCAAGCAGACAUGGAGAACUCGGCCGCAGAGGCCUUGAUGACGCUGGCCGGACGGGAUAACAUCAUACGUCACGAAAGCCCGGGACCUAUACAGCCUAACAUCAUCAGAGCGCUGCAGACGAUGUCGGCCAAGUAUAUCGAUAACGAACCGAUUCUGAAGGAGUCUGAGAAGAUCGAGAUGUUCAGUGAAUUCCCAACGACCGAUUCGGAGGAGGAGAGCUUGGAAAUUAGAAGAUUAAGGUACCAAGCGGAAGCGGAUCUUCGAUUAAACGGACAGCGAACACCGAGUUCUCCUGGCUCACAGGCCUCGCAGGUGUAUAUGGAACACUCGUAUUCGUUGCCACCAGCGCUUCCAGAACGCACAGAACCGGUGAUACGUGUGCCCGCGGCUUCUGUGAAGGUGAAACAUACGAAGAUCGUGAAAUUAACGAAAACUAAGGAGAAGGACAAGGACAAGGAGAAAGAGAAAAUACACAAAGUGGAUAAACGAAAGUCCAACAAGUAUACUAAACUGCAAUAUAGUAACAGCCAUCCGAAUCGUGAAGGCGAGAAGGAGAAUAUCCAGAAUGAUUUCGUGUAUGAAAAGUUGCCUAAACAAGUACCACAGUCCCUGGUCAUGUACAAGGAGCGCGAUAUCAUGUCAGAAAUGGCUAUUUUGUACGAGUUCUUGACUAGAGGAAUAGAUAUGGAGGACGUGGAGUACUUGAGGAGAAGUUACGAGGCCCUGUUGGCGGACGACAACCAAGGUUACUGGUUGAACGACACUCAUUGGGUCGAUCAUCCCCCAACCGACAUACCGAGCCCCGCGAAGAGGAGAAAACGAGACGAGCUGCGGUUGCACGCGAGCGGAAGCGCUAGGACCGAAGGAUAUUACAAGGUCGACGUCAGGGAGAAGGCGAAACACAAACAUCAUUAUGCUCAAAGUAUACAACGUAGUAAUGACGUGGAGGACAGCGGAGGUUCUUACAACGGGGGAGAUGGCGUAAUGAACGGUCCAAAGAGUAAUUCUAAAGCGUUGACCGGCAAGAUGCAGGCCUUGUCGCGUGAGGCACGAAGCAAUCAGCGUCGGUUGUUGACUGCUUUCGGAAUUGAUACGGAUAGUGAUCUCCUUAAGUUUAAUCAGUUGAAGUUCCGCAAGAAACAGUUGAAGUUCGCCAAGUCCGGUAUUCACGAUUGGGGCUUGUUCGCCAUGGAACCGAUCGCGGCGGAUGAGAUGGUGAUAGAAUACGUCGGACAGAUGGUCAGACCAGUUGUGGCUGAUUUGCGAGAAUCCCAAUACGAAGCUACCGGCAUCGGUAGCUCUUACCUCUUCCGUAUCGAUUUAGAUACGAUUAUCGAUGCGACGAAGUGCGGCAAUUUGGCGCGAUUUAUAAAUCACAGUUGCAAUCCGAAUUGUUACGCGAAAGUGAUUACGAUCGAAAGCCAAAAGAAGAUUGUAAUCUACAGCAAACAACCAAUAGGAGUUAACGAAGAAAUUACUUACGACUACAAGUUCCCGUUGGAGGAUGAUAAGAUCCCUUGCCUUUGCGGAGCUCCACAAUGCCGGGGUACUCUCAACUGAAUUGUUCACGAGACUACAUUGUUCAUCCGUUUUUCUGUCUUCUACACUUCAUCGCGCCCUACUCAUAUUUUUGUAAAUAUUUCCCCAUGUAAACAUUUUAUAAAAAUGCAAUGGAAAAAUGCUAAAUUAUGUUAAGA